AUGGCCGCCUGUCCGUCGACUAUCUGCCGCUCGCCCGCCGCUGAUGUUCGUCGUCUCCCAUCACAAUGCCCGACAACGAGACUGCUUCACGCCGUUCUUCGCUCACCAUGCGCCCAACGCUGCUCGCCAACUCGCCCAGCUACGCAGACAACAUCCGCCUGGCUACGCCAACUGCAAGCCUUCUCUGCCAUGUUCGACAAUGCCGUGUCUGCUACUGCUGCUCACCACCGUACUCCAAGGUUGCCGUUUGCGACAACUGACACAUGGCAAUGGAGAUUCAUGAGGCGACACUCAAGCUGGCACAAGGACAACGACAUGCCGAGCAACUUCGCCGCUUCGCGCGUCUACUUUUGCCGAAACCGGAAGAUCAGUUGCACUCGAAGCCACAAUUUGCUGUUCGACAACGUCAUCAUCCACAUGGUCGUCACCUUCCACGACGUUUACUUGUCAAUCGACACCGCCGCCAACGUUGCUUACUUCUACAGACAGAGUUGCGUUUCUUCGACAUCACUGCCAGGGACUCCUCUACCGGAUGUCAGCAUUCCUGUUGGCCGCUACUCGCAUCGCCCAGCACCGCACAUUGCUGAUGCUCAACCGACUUUUCGCGACAUCAAGCCUCUUCGGGGACAACGUCAAGCGGAUCUCUUCUUCUGCUCACCGCGUCGCCUUCAACACCUUUUUCAGGCAGCCGCGAUCGAACAGAGAAAAUGUACCGGGCUUUGCGUCAGACAUUUCGAGACGCUUCCGCAUUCCGACAACAAGCUGGACAGCCACAACGAACGC